CUUUGGUCACAUUGAUUGUGGGUGGAUCGGAAAUCUGGUCACACUGUUACUAAGUAAACAAUUUAUUUUGUAUUGUUUUCGUUUGUGGUGGAACUGGAAAACAAUGACAUUAGCCCAUCGGGCACUUUUCACAUGGUUCAUUGUCCUUGUGUUCCUAAUUUUGUUAUGCUUACGGCUGGAUCCGCGCACAACAUGGAACUGGUUUGUCACUUUUACGCCGCUUUGGUUCUUCGACUGUAUCCUCAUCAUCUAUGUGAUUAUAAAGUUUAUUCGCAAAUGGCGUAACUUAAAUAGGCUAGCAGAUCUUUUACUGCUCUAUAAAUGGAAUAUUGCCGGGGUGUUGCUGACAAUCACAUCUCAGGUGAUGAUAUGUCUGACCCUCGAGUACCCACAGCAGAUACCCAUCUAUUUCACAAUGACUCCACUAUGUCUUCUCUUAACUACAGCGAUAGUCUAUGUGGGCAGCCGACUAGGAAAGCGUGAGGGAUGGCUUAUAUGAUUAAACCGUUUAAUUGUAAAUUUAUAGAUCAAUAAUUAAGCAUAUUUAUUUUAAGAAGAAAUUUGUAAAUAAAUCAAAAACCAUAUUUGCUCUGUGUCA